AACAGGCAGGGUUGUGAGAAAGAUCAGCCUCUCUAAACCGUGUGAUAUGGAAUCAGAGGAGGAACAAAAGCUUUCCUCAACAAAGAUAUCUCGCUGGCUUCCAAAGUGUGAACAGUCUGACUGGGAGUCAUCCCAGGAUGACGAGAUGGAAUCAGCCUCCUUUCCGCCACAAGGGGAGGACGUAUUUCUGACUGUUCCUACGGUACUUAAAAACAUGGAUACUGAAGGCAAGGAGCAGGUAUACAAGGUGAAUAGCAAUGGAAAACACUACUCUCCCAGGAAUCAGAGGAAGCUGCUUACUAUGGUCUCUGGUAGAAAGACCUCCCCCUCACCUGAACGAAGACGGGAGCAUGCUAAGCUGAGUCACUGCUUGAGUUUAGACAGCCAGGAAGUAGAUAAAGGAAGAUUGAGUCAAGAGUCCAAUAGCAGACUUUUGAGGUAUGGCAACAGUGGUCUAACAUCUCCUAGGAUGACUUCAAGAGAGCCACUGACCAGCCAAAGCUGCCUAGACCUAACCUCCAGGGGUCGACCUCACUCUUGCCUCAGCCAGUCCUCUGAUGAACACUCUCUAGGAACCCAUGGUGACUCUGGUCGAGCACCAUCCCCAACAGACAGCCUUGACUCCAGCUAUACUUUCAUUGUUAGCCCUUCUCAUGACUACAACAUGAGUAGAGGCUCUUUGAAUUACAAUUGCCGUCUAUCAAAGUCUACAGUUGACUUGACACACAAGACACGCCCGUUGAUCAGUGGUGAGACAAAUGAGCAUGUAGGAGUGUGGAGGGUGAAGUGUGGCAACAACUCAAUCUCACCAACUCUCAGUAGGGGGUCAAGGGUCUCUGACAUGGGACAGACCCUUUCAUACCCUACAUAUAGAAGUCAUAAUCAUCUGCAACAGCCACAGAAAAAAAUCACAACUGGCUCAAAACAAGCCCUGGUGGCCAGGUCUUUAUCCAUGUCUGUCAUAGAUGGUUCCUCUCAAGAGCCAAAGAGAGGCAGAGGAGAGAGAGGAGAGCCCACCCUUGUGGAGUUGGAGGAGGAAGGAGACCCAUCCAUGACAAUAUUACACUCCAGAGGAGUCCAUUUGAUCAGGCAGUUUGGGAAACAGGGCUCAGGUCGGGCUGACCUUACCCUGCCAAGUGGUAUCCAUGCCACACCACAGGGCCAACUCUUUAUAGUGGACUGCGGAAAUGCACGUGUUCAGAUAACUGACCCUCGGGGCAAUGUCCUCCAGCAAGUGACCUCCCCAACUUCUGAUGGCUCUGCCAGACGAUGUCGGAACUACUUUGACAUUGCUGUCAAUGCUAAGGGUUUGAUUGCACUAAGCUGUGCAGCUGAGCGAGCCCUACUUGUGUUCAGCCGGCACGGUCGCCUGCUCCAGACCUUUGGAGGGUCAGGAUUUGGAUCUGCAAAAGAUGAGCUUGAGGCUCCCAGGGGUGUGACCGUAACCAGGCUGGAUGAGUUCUUGAUAGCUGAUAUCCGGAAAGGUACCCUCAUUGCCCUAAAGCUUGACCCUAAAACAGGCUCACGUCUUGAGCGCACUGUAGUGACCGGAUUCCACCGUCCCUACUUAGUGGCAGCCUGUUUGGGCUCAGGCAUGAUAGCUGUGUCCGAAAGGGGCAAUGAAACAGGUCAUCUUCCUUGCAUCAAAGUGCUUGAGCCAGGCUGGAACACAGUGAGAGUUCUGGGUGUAUGUGCUGGUAUGGGACCCGUCUUGGCCUGCCCCUGGGGCAUCUCUAUAGAUAGAGAUGGUAAUGUGCUGGUAGCAGACUGGGGGGAUCAGCACAGAGUCCUGUUCUACCCAGCACAGGGAGUAGGGUGGCCCAUAGUAACCCAGGGCUUGAGUAGUCCACGUGGCCUGACCCUGCUACCUGAGGGCCAACUAGCAGUGUCUGAUAGCAUGCACCAUUGCAUUAAGAUAUACCAGUACAAAGCGAUCCAGGACUAGGAAGAGUGAGUUAAUGUUUAAUAAAGAUAUGCUAUGAAAGAAAGACAACUGUGGUGAGGUAACCAAUCACACCUGAGCUCUAGUGUGUAUUUAUAUUUUAAUAAAACUAAUGCAGGUAACUUUACUGCUGAACUACAAUCUGAUGUAGCUGAUUCUGUAAACUUCACUUGUAGAACCCAACUGCAUUGACGUGAUGAUGAUGGAUUGGUGUUUGGUCUACUUGAGUCAUAUGUAAGCCAAAGGAUAUCUAUUCAUUAUGAAGGCGAAAGCUAUGAAGCUAAGCUAUAGAGACAAAAUCUAGUUGGUGCUUCACUGAGCAAAAACAGUGCUUACUGUUCUUAACGGUUCAGUAUAAAACCAUUUCUGUGUGGGCAGCCCUUAAUUUUCUCUAGGACAUGCUACCUGCUGUCAGAGUUUUAACCCACAGCUGCUAAUCUCCCGAGAUCAGCGCUGAAAAAAUCCAGUCUGAACAGUAUUCACUUUGUAUGGAUGUAAUAAAUGAAUCAAGACCGAAGAUAAUAUGAAUGAACACAUAUCCGCUAUCAUAAUAUAACAUUACAGUUAAAAAGAUAGAGAGAGAGAGAAGUGGCAGAGAUUACUUAAUUUUCCAGUGCAGCAUUUUUAUUUUGAUGAAUUCAAGGGAGAAUGGUUGCUUCAGUAAUUCCUGAAAAUUCUACAAUUUUUCAUGCUGUCACUGAUCUUUACUGACAAUGAGAUGAGCUUGGUGGCUUUUUUCAGUCCUCCCACUCUUUACUUUCAGUAGCACUGUCAUGUAUAUCCACCACUCUUUAUUUAACGUGGAUAUGCUGAUGCCAGAAAGUCACAGGUGGGUGAAUUAUCAGCAGUGAAACCAGACUGUCAUCCAAAUUGUGAAAUCUGUCUGUUUAUAGUAGAUGUUUCCUGCAGGGGACCAGUGAAUUAUUUGGGAUCAGGCAGAGGUGUAAAGUUACUUAGUACAUUCACAAAAGUACAGUAUAUUUGCAUUCAUUUUACUUAACUAGAGUACUUUCUUUUACUGUACUACAAAACAAAGAUUUAUUUUUUACCCUUUGCUGAUAUACAUUAAUCUGACUGCUGUGGUUACUCAUUACUUUUCAGAUUCAGAUCUGAAAACUUCUACAUAAGCCUUGUUUUAGCUCUAUUAAUGCAUUUCUGACAUUAUAAUCUGUGUUAGGUUUAGAUUUUUAUUGUAUGUGUGUGUUUGACUGUCUUUGGUGACUAUUAAAAAGAUUACCAAUUCUAGUCUGUACUUACCCAGAAUAAGCUUUCCCUGUAGUUUAGGUUGUCACCAUGAGGUUUCCACUACAGGGCAAUGUGUUAGAUAUGGAAAGAGGUUAGAUCUAAACUUACACCCCCCCAGCAGUAUAAGAAAGUAGUCAAAUGUAGCUCAAAUACUUCUUAGAUGUUUAUCAAUAAUGUAACACUAUGACAAAGAUCAUUCUUCAUUUAGUACUUUUACUUUUAAUCCUUCAGCGCCUUUUUUUACUGCUAAUACUUGCUAUCUUUGCUAUCUUUAAUACAAGACUUUUACACGUAAUGGAGUCUUUUGUUUUUCC